AAAACCAGGAGCGUCAGCUCUCACCCUGAGGCUGCGCAGAGCCAGUGUUUGCGCGUUCUCUCCCUCUCGCAUUACUCUUUCGACCCGGCUCUGCUUCUUUCCUCCCUUUGCCAAGGAGAGGAAGAUCUUGUCUUGCAGAAUGGAAGCGUCCCGGGCAUGGCUGGUCGGUGCGGCGGCAGCCGUGGUGUUGGGUUUUGUUGUGGCCGCAGCUGGGGCGGCGGAUGUGGAGAUGGUGUUUCUGAAGAGCGCGGUGUCCAAAGGAGCAGUGUGCUUGGAUGGGAGCCCCCCGGUUUACCACUUCUCUCCUGGUUCUGGUUCUGGCGCCAAUAACUGGGUGGUCCACAUGGAGGGAGGAGGGUGGUGCAGGAAUGCUGAUGAGUGUUCAGUCAGAAAGGGCAACUUCAGAGGCUCCUCGAAAUUUAUGAGGCCACUCUCGUUUUCAGGGAUAUUAGGUGGCAGCCAGAAAUCCAAUCCUGAUUUCUACAACUGGAAUAGAGUAAAGAUCAGAUACUGUGAUGGUUCGUCAUUUACUGGUGACGUUGAAACCGUAGAAACGGCGACAAAUCUACAUUACAGAGGAUUCAGAGUUUGGCGCGCCAUCAUCGAUGAUCUACUUGCGAGGGGGAUGAACAAGGCAAAAAAUGCUCUUCUUUCUGGAUGUUCAGCAGGAGGUCUAGCAGCAAUACUACAUUGUGACAGAUUCCACGAUCUGCUUCCAGCGACGGCAAAGGUCAAGUGCUUUUCUGAUGCUGGAUAUUUUGUUGAUGGGAAGGAUAUCUCCGGCAACAAUUUUGUCAGAACAAUCUAUAAGAAUGUUAUGAGCCUACAUGGAUCGGCUAAAAAUUUGCCAGCUUCAUGUACCUCAAAGCAAUCAUCUGAGCUGUGUUUCUUCCCGCAGUAUGUAGUCCCAACAUUGCGCACACCAUUGUUCAUACUUAAUGCAGCCUAUGAUUCAUGGCAGAUCAAGAACGUCCUAGCACCUAGCGCAGCUGAUCCGAAGAAGACUUGGGCCCAAUGCAAACUUGACAUUAAGAGCUGCUCUUCUAGCCAACUCGCAACCUUGCAAAAUUUUAGGACAGACUUUCUGGCAGCGCUUCCUAAACCAGGGCAAUCUCCAUCUCUAGGCAUGUUCAUUGACUCAUGCUAUUCUCACUGCCAAUCUGGGUCCCAAGAUACAUGGUUUGCCGAUGGUUCUCCCUCGAUUCAGAAGACACAAAUUGGCAAAGCAGUGGGCGACUGGUUCUAUGAUAGGCAGGUCUCUCAGAAGAUUGAUUGCCCGUAUCCCUGCAACCCAACUUGCAAGAAUCGUGAGGAUGAUUGAGCAAUUAUAUAAGCAGUUCGGUUAAAUAUUGUAUUAUAAAAGUGAAACAAUAAGGGAUGAUACCACGUCCGUAGUUAUAUGUCGAAUAGGUUAUUCUCUAUAGACGAUUUGUUAACCAUUAUGGCAUUGUGGAUGAUGAAUUGUAACCACACAUGAGCUCGAAGUUGGCCAUUUUGCCUCUUCAGAGUAUAAAAUAAAGCCAAAAAGGUGUUGUUGAAGGUGGAAAUAAUUCACGUGAUGUAUUGAUUGGGAUCA